AUGGUUGUAGAAACAAAUGUGGUUAUAGAUAUAAAUGUUGAUACUUCAAUGCCUAAUAAACACCCUUCCAAAUAUUCAAGAAUUCAAUCUGAAGAGAUAAAUUGUGAUCCAGGAUCACAAUUGCUGACUCAGCUUCAGCAUAUCUACACUGAUUGCAUCUCAGCUAGUAAAGGCAAGAAAAAAUGGUCUCCUUCUCCCUUAGAUUCUUUCAAAACAAAGUUCGAUGGUGCAGUUUUUGAAAAUUCAAAUGAAGCCGGGAUAGGUGGGGUGAUUCGAAAAUCCAAUGGUGAGAUUAAUGCAGCUUUGUCAGAAAAAAUUCCUUUGCCCCCCUCUGUGGUUAUAUUGGAAUCGCUAGCUGCUAGGAGAGCCGUCUUAUUUGCUCUUGAAGUUGGAAUUACUCAAUCAUCCUUUGAAGGUGAUUCGGAGAUCAUUAUGACUUCUUUGAAACUUGGGGACAAUCUUUCUUCUUCUUUUGGUAAUUUAAUUAGUGAUACACUUAUUUUAGCUAGUUCUCUUUUGAAUUUUUCUUUCUCUCAUACCGUUAGGCUUGGCAAUGUUGUUGCACAUGCCUUAGCCAGAAGAGCUUUUUUAUAUUUUUCGUUGACUGUUUGGAUGGAGUCUGUUCCUUUAGAUAUUUUUUUGCUUAUUGCUGCUGAUUUACAAGCACCUUAA